AUGGAGGAGCGUGCCAAAGCCUUGAAGACGGCCAAGGCGGAAGCCUUGCAAGCCAAGGCUUCGGAGGUGGAGCCGGAGCAGAGAACUCGGGUCCAGUUCGGAGACGUGGUGCAGCGGCCCCCCAUCUUCAGCCGGGAGGCGCUGAAGCUGGGCGCCAGGGCGAAGAGUGCGAAGCCCGGGAUGCUGGCGGCCAAGAACCUGGCAGACUACGCCUCCAAGGUGCAGAACGCCUAUGAGGAGGUGAAGCGGAAGCGACGUGAAGCAAGCCAAGCGAAUACGUUGGGCAGGUGA